UGUCCGUUAUGCAUGGAGACUUUGGAACUCGACGAUCUAAAUUUCUACCCAUGUGUCUGUGGGUACCAAAUAUGUAGAUUUUGCUGGCACAGAAUACGAACAGAUGAAAAUGGAUGCUGUCCAGCUUGCAGAAAACCAUACACUGAAGAUCCAGCUCAUUUCAAGCCAAUAACUAGCGAAGAGAUAUCACAAUUAAAGAAAGAAAAAAGAAUGAAAGAAAGUAUGGAGAAACAGAAGAACAUUGAGAACAGAAAACAUUUAGCUGAACUCAGAGUAAUACAAAAAAAUCUUAUAUUCGUGGUCGGUCUGCCCAUGACUCUAACUGAUCCUGAGCUCCUGAAACGAAACGAAUACUUUGGAAAGUUUGGGAAAAUACAGAAAGCUAUUUUUAGCAAAUGCUCAAGCCAACAGGUUUUUAUCAAUGGCAUUCACCAGAGCGCCUACAUAACAUUUGCUCGGGUGGAGGACGCCCUGAAAGCCAUUCGUGCCGUCAACAACCUUCAAAUUGCCGGAAAAACGUUCAGGGCCUCGUUGGGUACGACUAAAUACUGCAGCAGAUUUCUGAAAGGGGUCCAGUGCCUUAAGCAGGAUUGCAUGUACGUUCAUGAGAUGGUUGAGGACGAUGCCACGUUCACUAAGGAGGAGAUCCAACAGGGGUUGGUCUCUAUGAUCAAUCAACCAGCCAAUCAAUCAACCAACCAAUCAACCAAUCAAUCAACCAAUCAAUCAAUCAACCAACCAAUAAAUCAACCAGCCAAUCAAUCAAUCAACCAAUCAAUCAAAUCAUCAACCAAUCAAUCAUUCAAUUUUUGA